AGACACUUUAAUCAUCAGUCAAGCCACCGAUAAGAGAACGAAAAACAAGUGAUCAUUGAAGACGUGACGAAAUCGGCACACGUCAAGACUUAAUUGAUUGACAUGGACGGUUUCCAUGGUGGAGAUGACCGACAAGCUUUAAGAAUAGUUAUGCUUGGAAAGACUGGAUCCGGGAAAAGCGCGACAGGAAAUACCAUUCUAGGCAAAGAUUCUUUUAAGACGAACUUUGCAGCUUUAUCGGUAACAGAGAAAUGUAAUGAAGAUACAGCUGAAAGGUUUGGAAGGAAACUACUGUUAGUUGACACUCCUGGCGUGUUUGAUACAAGUGUACCCAACACGGAAAUCUUGAAAGACGUCGCCAAAUGUAUCAGCUUGUCUCUGCCUGGUCCGCAUGUAUUUCUUCUGGUAAUUCACACAGGGAGGUUUAAACCGGAAGAAAACGACACUGUCAAGCAUUAUGCAGAAGUUUUCGGGGAAGAAAUGUUCAAUUAUAUGAUUUUGGUGUUCACGGGGAGAGAUGCAUUGGAGAAAAACAACCUGUCAUUCCAGACGUACCUGCAGAAGGUACCGGCUUCACUACAGGAAAUUGUGAAAAAAUGCAACAACCGCUGUGUUGCUGUCGAUAACACUUCGGACAGAAGUUCCCGCGACAGAGAUGCUAGGGAAGUGAUGGAGCUCGUCAAUGCCCUUGUGGAAGAACAUGGCGGCCUGUAUUACACGAAUGAGAUGUAUCAGACAGUCGAGAGGAAGUGUCGUGAAAGGGAGGAGGAAGUAAGACGUCAAAAGGACAAAGAAAAACAAAAGGAAAAAGAGGAAAUGAAAAGACAGUUAGAGAAAGAACAUCAGAGGAAAGUAGAUAUUCUGGAAGAUAAAAGGAAGAAGACAGAACAAAAGAUGAACGACCUCAUGAAAGAGAAGGAAACGAUGAAGGAAAAGUUGAAUGACAAAAAUAUGAAAGAUGAAGAAAUUGAGGAAAUUAAAAGAGAUUUGAAAAAAGUUCAACAAGAGGCACAGCAAUACAAGGAGGAAGCAGAAGAUGUCAAACACCAGAGUCAAAAAUAUUUACAAGAUCGAAAUAAAAGGGUAGUAACAUAUUCCCAAGCCUUAGAUGACAAAUACGAAAGAAAUAUACAACCUGAGGUUGCAGCGUCACAGGCGGAAUCAGUGUUUAAUGUGAUAAGGGGAGCUGCGGGGUUGGGAUGGGGCCUUUAUCAGUUUUGGGCUAGUUCAAUUGAAUAGCGUUAGACUCUUACCAUCACGACGACGACGACGACGAUGAUGAUGAUGAUGAUGAUGAUGAUGAUGAUGAUGAUGAAAGAUGAUAAAAAAUAAACAGCCUUCAUAAAUCUAUGAUUUCCGAAUAGCGUUAGACUCUUACCAUCACAACAACGACGACGACGACGAUGAUGAUGAUGAUGAUGAAAGAAAAUAAACAGCGUUUUCGGCCCGCAUUACCACUAAAUUACAGGACCCCCCCUUUUUUUUACAGGGCAAAUAACUCUAGUAGAACGAAACUAAAGAAGUGACAAAGUGAACAAAGAGAGACAACUCUAACUGGCUUGACACUAUUAAUACAAAUAAAAAAAAAAGGACGAGACGUCAAUUUGUAAGAUUUUUUCGUCCAAAUACCAUCAGGAAAAGUAGCAGCUUAUCAAGAUAAAGCUAACAUAUAUUACCUAUAUAUAAUUACGUCCCCUUAAGUGGAGUGGUAGUACUUCCGAUCGAUAGUUUACCAGCUAUCGUUUGUAGGUAAAUGCUUCAACUACAUCGUUAGUGGUUUGUUCUUUGUACCAAUAACUAAUUAACUUUCAAUUUUAUUUGUGCCGUCGUGCGAAAAAAUAGAUGGUGUCUAUUUAUUGGUUUCAUGAGUGUCAAUAUAUCCCAGUGUGCAUUGCGGUCGCCUCCAUAACAUUUCUGUAAACUGUAAACACCUCACACACUAUUUCAGUGCUAAAAGCUUAAACAUGUCAUAGAAUGUCUGAUGAUGACAUGUUCAAACAGAAAUCACCAUAAUAUAGAUAGCAGUCAUUUCCUCUGUUUAUUGGUCAUUUUUAUUCAACGUGUUAAUAUGUAAAGCACAUGGAAAUAUAUAAACACAGCAGAGGUAUAUGGGACAAAUAUUUCAUAAAAAAAUCCUAUGCAAUAAAUUUAUCCGUAUCCAUAGUUACGCUAAAUUGAUAACAUUAAAACUCAGUUCCUUCAAAAACUAUGUAUUUAACCAGAUUACACCUUGAUUUUAGGUCAUAAUGCGGCAAAAUGUACAUGUAUAUGAAAGAUUGUCAAAUUAUUGACUGCUCACACGACUAAAUUCAUUCUUACCUACCAGAUUACAUCAAAUUCGUCUCACGCUGGAAUGUACAGAAUGUGUUCAGUCUGUGUUGUGUACAUCUCAAAAUGUAGCAGUGACAAACCAGGACCAACUAGUCCAUAAAUACGUCUCACGCUGGAAUGUACAGAAUGUGUUCAGUCUGUGUUGUGUACAUCUCAAAAUGUAGCAGUGACAAACCAGGACCAACUAGUCCAUAAAUACGUCUCACGCUGGAAUGUACAGAAUGUGUUCAGUCUGUGUUGUGUAAUCUCAAAAUGUAGCAGUGACAAACCAGGACCAACUAGUCCAUAAAUACGUCUCACACUGGAAUGUACAGAAUGUGUUCAGUCUGUGUUGUGUACAUCUCAAAAUGUAGCAGUGACAAACCAGGACCAACUAGUCCAUAAAUACGUCUCACGCUGGAAUGUACAGAAUGUGUUCAGUCUGUGUUGUGUAAUCUCAAAAUGUAGCAGUGACAAACCAGGACCAACUAGUCCAUAAAUACGUCUCACACUGGAAUGUACAGAAUGUGUUCAGUCUGUGUUGUGUACAUCUAAAAAUGUAGCAGUGACAAACCAGGACCAACUAGUCCAUAAAUUCGUCUCACGCUGGAUUGUACAGAAUGUGUUCAGUCUGUGUGUGUUCAUCUCAAAAUGUAGCAGUGACAAACCAGGACCAACUGGUCCAUAAAAACGUCUCACGCUGGAAUGUACAGAAUGUGUUCAGUCUGUGUUGUGUAAUUUCAAAAUGUAGCAGUGACAAACCAGGACCAACUAGUCCAUAAAUACGUCUCACGCUGGAAUGUACAGAAUGUGUUCAGUCUGUGUUGUGUAAUUUCAAAAUGUAGCCGUGACAAACCAGGACCAACUAGUCCAUAAAUACGUCUCACGCUGGAAUGUACAGAAUGUGUUCAGUCUGUGUGUGUACAUCUCAAAAUGUAGCAGUGACAAACCAGGACCAACUGGUCCAUAAAUUCGUCUCACGCUGGAAUGUACAGGAUUUCAAAAUGUAGUACAGUGACAAACCAGGACUAACUCGUUGAUAAAUUCAUUAAACAAAUCACUGUAAAGUAACUUUUCAGUUUGUAAAUCAAAGGUAUUCAAUCAAAUAUUGUUUAAGAUUGUAAUAUUAUCAUAGAUUGUGUCAAUUAUUUUAUUUUAUUUAUUUUUCUUUUCUUUUCAAUUUUUUUCUUUCAAUUAAUUGAUGAACUUAUUUUUUGUGAGUUAUUUGUAAACUGUAUAUUGAUGGUAGGUAUAAGUUUAUACAUUUAAAUUUCUGCUGAGGAAGCGACAGUCUAACCUUCGAUAAUGGAGCUCGUUUGUUAGUUCCCAUUUCAUUUUAGUUAUAAUAUGAUUUAUUGUGUCAAUCAUUUUCUUUUUCCCUUUUUUUCAAUUAAUUUAUGAACUAAUUUUAUGUGUGAGUUAUUUGUCAACUGCAUAUUGAUGGUAGGUAUAAGUUUAUAUAUUGAAAUUUCUGCUUAGGAAGCGACAGUCUUACCUUUGAUAACGGAGCUUUUUUGUGAUUGACCUAAUCACACGCAAAAAUGUGGGUGCGUCAAUGCACCAUUCCACAAAUCUUUUAAGAAUUGUGUAAAGCUGUAAAAUCUUAGUUCGCCAAAAAUUAGCCCAUUUACAGUAGGUGUUUUUCACUAUAGAUUUAUUUUUCUGUUGAUAAUUUAAUUUCAAGCUGCUGACUAAAUAUUGUUAACGGUUGUGACGAAUGCUUUAAGCAUGAUAUAUUGUAUUGUAACGUUUCGGUUGUUGCACCAUUUGUUACAUAAAUUAUGGAUCCUUUUGUGUUAACUCUACCACAGUACAAAGAACAGAGAGUUGAAAUAAAGUUCAAUAUUUAAUUGGA